AUGGAAGUUUUAAAAGAGGAAUACGUGGAAUCGACUAUAGAAUCGGAGUCAUAUCGGGCAGCAACAUCGGCCACAUCAACUACAACGGCAGCAGACGUCGCUAAUUGCAACCAACACGGGAGCUGCAGCCUGGACCAUAUAUCCAAUGUUCCGAAUUUAAAUGCACCACAGCAGCAGCAUCGAGCGCCUCAGCAGCAGCAUCAGACGGCCAGUUGCCCCACAGUUCCUCAGCCUCCGCAUCAGCCGCCGCAUCAGCCGCCGCAUCUGCCUCCGCAUCAGCCUCAACCCCAACCUCAUCCUCCGUGGCACGUGGCAUCCAUCAGCGCCUCUGGCUGAAUAAGAGGAAAUCCCAGCCAUAAAAGUAAAUCACUUCGGCGCCAACCAGUUCCAGUCAUCAUGGCUC